GGCAGGGUUCCCCGGCGGUGUGGCAGGGCUCCCCGUUUGUCCGGCAGGGCUCCCCGUUUGUCCGGCAGGGCUCCCCGCUUGUCCCGCAGCCCGGGCCGGGAUGGAGCUGCGGCGCUGGCGGCGCUGCGGGCGGAGCGGGGCGGGCGGCCCCGGCCGCUCCUCCUCUGCGGGGCCAUAGGAGGCCGGGGCGGGCUCGGCUCGCCUGGGCGAGCGGUGCCGCUGCUCGCCAGCCCUCCCGCUCCGCUGGCCGGGCCGGGCCGGGCCGGGCUGUCCCCGCCAUGUGCGCUCAGCUGCCGCUCCCAUAGCCCUGCCGGCAGCGCGGCGCCUGGCGGGGCCCCUCGGGAACUUUGAUGGCUUCUUUGAGGAGAGUCAAAGUCCUGCUGGUGUUAAACCUGAUCGCCGUGGCCGGCUUCGUCCUCUUCCUGGCCAAGUGCAGACCCAUCACGACCAAGAGCGGCGACUCCUUCCAUGACAUCCAUCCCAGGGCAGAGGUGGCCAACCUGACAGCCCACGGCAUCAGCUCCAUCCAGGAUGCGGUGCUGAAGAGACUCUCGCUGCUGGAGGACAUCGUCUACAGGCAGCUGAACGGUUUGUCCAAGUCCCUUGGUCUCAUUGAGGGCUAUGGUGGCCGUGGCAGGGGUGGCCUCCCAGCCACCCUGUCCCCCGAGGAGGAAGAGAAAGCCAAGGGACCCCACGAGAAGUAUGGCUACAACUCCUACCUCAGUGAGAAGAUUUCCUUGGACCGCUCCAUCCCGGAUUAUCGCCCUACCAAGUGCAAAGAGCUGAAAUACGGGAAGGACCUGCCCCAGAUCUCCAUCAUCUUCAUCUUUGUGAACGAGGCGCUGUCGGUGAUCCUGCGCUCGGUGCACAGCGCCGUCAACCACACGCCCGCGCCCCUGCUGAAGGAGAUCAUCCUGGUGGACGACAACAGCGAUGAGGAGGAGCUGAAGGCGCCGCUGGAGGAGUACGUCAACAAGCGCUACCCGGGGCUGGUGAAGGUGGUGAGGAACCAGAAGAGGGAAGGGCUGAUCCGGGCGCGCAUCGAGGGCUGGAAAGCUGCCACGGGCCAGGUCACCGGCUUCUUCGACGCCCACGUGGAGUUCACUGCUGGCUGGGCGGAGCCGGUGCUGUCCCGGAUCCAGGAGAACAGGAGGAGGGUGAUCCUGCCCUCCAUCGACAACAUCAAGCAGGACAACUUCGAGGUGCAGCGCUACGAGAACUCGGCACACGGCUACAGCUGGGAGCUGUGGUGCAUGUACAUCAGCCCCCCCAAGGACUGGUGGGACGCUGGGGACCCCUCCCUGCCCAUCAGGACCCCGGCCAUGAUCGGCUGCUCCUUCGUGGUCAACAGGAAGUUUUUUGGGGAGAUCGGGCUGCUGGACCCCGGCAUGGACGUGUACGGAGGGGAGAACAUCGAGCUGGGCAUCAAGGUGUGGCUGUGUGGGGGCAGCAUGGAGGUGCUGCCCUGCUCCAGGGUGGCCCACAUCGAGCGCAAGAAGAAGCCCUACAACAACAACAUCGGCUUCUACACCAAGCGCAACGCGCUGCGCGUGGCCGAGGUGUGGAUGGACGACUACAAGUGGCACGUGUACAUCGCCUGGAACCUGCCCCUGGAGAACCCAGGGAUUGACAUUGGGGAUGUUUCUGAGAGGAAAGCCUUGAGGAAGAGCCUGAAGUGUAAAAAUUUCCAGUGGUACCUGGACCAUGUUUAUCCAGAAAUGAGGAGAUACAACAACACCAUUGCUUAUGGAGAGCUGAGGAACAACAAGGCCAAGGACGUGUGUCUGGACCAGGGCCCGCAGGAGAACCACACAGCAAUCCUGUACCCGUGCCAUGGCUGGGGCCCACAGCUGGCUCGCUACACCAGGGAGGGUUUCCUGCACCUGGGGGCCCUGGGCACCACCACGCUGCUGCCCGACACGCGCUGCCUGGUGGACACCGGCAAGAGCCGCUUCCCGCAGCUGCUGGACUGUGACAAGGUCAAGAGCAGCCUCCACAAGCGCUGGAGCUUCAUCCAGAACGGAGCCAUCCUGAACAAGGGCACGGGCCGGUGCCUGGAGGUGGAGAACAGGGGCAUGGCUGGCAUUGACCUGAUCCUUCGCAGCUGCACAGGACAGAGGUGGACAAUUAAAAACUUCAUCAAGUAGAGGCUGAAAGAGUCAGGGGAGUCUGACUCGAGCCACGGCCGACAGGGGCUGACACGCCUGGACUCCUUUGGGAAGGAUGGAAAAGCAAGCAGAGCUUUAUUGGUGUUCCUAGGAGAGGACCUGGGGGAGAUGGGCAUCUGUGGCUUUAUUUUCACCAGCUGUGGGUCUCCCCCAGCUGAUCCCAGCUCUGGAGCUGGCUCAGAACUGCUGCUCCCCCUGGCCAGCCCUCCAAGAGCUGCCACAUUCCCUGCUGGAGCCUCUCUCGUGGGCUGGGGCAGUCUGGGAGCGUUGACUGACAGGGAAUUUCUGCUUUCCCACACAACCCCGAGCUCUCCCAAAGGGCUGGGGAGGUUUGCACCGUGAGCCUGGACGCUCCUGCCUGGUGAGUGUGGGAACUGAGGAGCUUGGGAGAGGAAAAGGUUCCCAAGCCCCAAAGGAGCCGAGUUUGAAGGAUUUGUUUUGCUGGGUCCUUGUUCCCUUUUCCCUUUCCUACCCCUGCAUCCAGCAGCCCUUUCCCUGAGUUCUGGAGAAGCAAAACACACCCCAGCAGCUCCCAGGGAUCUUUCCAGCCCUUAAUCACAGAAGUUACCCAAACAAAUGCAGUGGAAUAAACCCCCUGACCUCCCCUUGCCCCCCUCUCCAUCAGCCAGACGCUGCUGCCCAAAGCAGCACCUCCCUCCAUGGAGACCCCAAAGGGACCCCAUGGAGACCUGGGACGUCUGCCUGCCCUUCUGGGUGACUGCAGGAAUGUUCUCUGGGGCUUGAGCCCCCUGUCCUGCCUGCUCAGGCCUGGCCAAGGACCCCCAGAGUCACUGCAGCCCCUCCUGAGCUGUGGCAGGGACAGGGAGGGAGGCCAAGGCACCAGCUGAAAUUCUGCCCUGAAGUCACUUCAGGCUUGUUACUCCAGGGGAGGGAUCCCAGCUGAUUUAUUUUUGGCUCACAGUAAUCCUGGCUACCAAAUCCCAGCUACCAAAUCCACCUGGGAGAGCUCUGCUGGGGUCCUGGUGUGUGUCUGCCUGGAGAGGGGAAACUGGAUCCCACAGAGCUGCUGUGUGUGGAUGGCCACGGGCUUUGCUCAGCAGGGAGGAGAAACCAGCCCAUCUCCUGUCCUUCUCCCAGAAUAAUCCUCUUUGUGGCUGCCCUCUGGCUAGGGUGCACUAAAAUAGAUUAAUAUAUGAGAUGUAUGUGUAAAUAUGUUUCCCAAGCUGGGAUGUGCACAGAUCCUUUGCUGCAGAGCACUCAUGCCUGUCUUCCAUUUGCAUCAGGAUGAAGCUCCCUGGAUGUUUAACGAGCUGAACUUCCAAUGCCAUGCAGCAGGUUUCUAACUGAUGUUUUAGUAAUUUAUUGAAGAGAAGCAGAUCUAUUUCAUUGUUCCUUCUACAGCAGCGAGCAUCACCUAGGACUGAUUGUUCAUUUAGGCUUUACGAGGCUCCCUCACCCACUGGGGCUGUCUCUGAUUUUUCCCCUGCCUUCCUUCAUGAAGUAAAACCUCUUAGUUGUCCUGACUUGCAGAGUAGAGAGUCAGUGUAGGAUUUUGCUCUCUUUUUCGCUGUUGCAUCAUCUCUUGUGUAAUAAAUCUGAGCACUUCCAAAGCCG